CAAAUCCUCAAUGAGCUUUCGUCCGAUUCGCCGGCAGUUCCUAAAAUCGAUGAGGAGGAGACAGAGGAGGAGGAAGAGGAGGUGUCGAGCGCAGCCUCAGCCUCCAUCUACCAGACCAGCUCAGGACAAUACAUCGCAGUCACUCAAGGGGGAGCCAUCCAGCUGAGCAGCCCGGGAGUCGAGGCCCUUCAGGGGGCUCAGACCCUGACGGUGGCCGACUCUGCCUCCUCGCAGCCCGGAGCCACCGUCCUCCAGUGUGCAGCUCAGCCUGGAGACGCUCCACAGCAGUUCUACAUCCAGGGCGGACAGGUGCUCCUCCAAGGUAGGGUUAUACUGACUUUUAUAUGAACUUGAAUGAACCAGAAAAUUAACAAAGCUGAAAUUCGUUGGUUAUUUGUUCAGGUAUGUCCCCAAACCUCUGCCAGCGUUGAGUCGAUGUGUCAGAGAUGAUGUGGGAGGAUAGAAAACCUGCCAUGAGGCUCAUUCAUGCUGCCUUUACGUACAAAAAGACUUUCAAACGAUGUCACUGCCCACAUACUUCCAUGUGUUUAGGUUUACAUCCACUAGAGGGCAGCGCAGAGUGGAGAGCCUCUGACGAUGACCAACGUGGCGACAGUGGAGGAGGUUGAGAUAACGUAACUUGAUCCAAAAGCUGCUGUUUGUACCUCGAAAAGUUCUUCCCCCGUUCAAAUUUCUUCCUCGUGUCUUCUGGUCGUUUCGGCUGCAGUGCCCCCUCAAGACUCCCAGUGGUACUGCUCUGUUUUGUCUGUUUCGUCCGAAUCCGUAAGCUUUCGGGAGACGUGCACAAAUACGAACGAAGUGAGCGCAGAGUACGAACAGAGGGUUCUGUUGCCAACAUAAACGUGACUUUAUAAUCCAGCUCCACGUCAACCUAAGCGUUCGAUGUUGCUGUUGAAUGAAAACGAUUUUUCACAUGUUCUUCUUUUUGUUCUCUGCUGGAUAUUUUCUG